AGGUUCACGAACGAGGACCACCUGGCAGUCCAUAAACACAAGCACGAGAUGACAUUGAAAUUCGGCCCCGCUCGCACCGACUCGGUCAUCAUCGCAGAUCAGACUCCCACCCCAACUCGGUUCUUGAAGAACUGUGAAGAAGUGGGACUCUUCAACGAGCUGGCCAGCUCCUUUGAGCACGAGUUCAAGAAAGCUGCUGAGGAUGAUGAGAAAAAGAGUGCUGGAGCCCUGGACAUGUCUCUGCCCCCCACCCCAGAGAUCAAGAUCAAGGAGGAGGAGCCCGUGGAGGUGGAUUCGUCCCCACCAGACAGCCCCGCGUCCCACCCACGCUCACCCCAGAGCAAAGAGAAG